AUGGAGCUACCCGAAUUGACCACGGCAACUCUCAGAUCGGCCGCUGGCAAGGACGAUCCGUUCGCCGGUUGGGACACAACACCCUUGUUCAUGCAAGCAUUGCCUUCGGAUGGAGCUUUGAACGACGCCUCGGGAGCGAACACCGGGCAAAACACCCUCGCUGCCCUGCAGGCCCUCGCGUACGAUGGAUCACCAUCGGGUCCGUGCGAGCUGCGAGCUGCGAGCUGAGUUUGUUUUGGGCUGUCGAGACCAUGCACUGACACCCCGGAGAGGGUCUUUCGAUUCUUCUUCUUCAUGAAUCUCAGAAAUCGCCGAAGAGUUUCGCAAUCAAGGCAACCAGCUCUUCAAGCAGCGCAAGUUCAAGGAUGCGAUCGGGUUCUACUCGAGGGCGCUGGAUGAACUCGGCCAGGAUCUCUCGGUCGAAGAGAAGCGGACGCUGUGGAGCAACAGAGCAGCGGCCAAUCUCGAACUAGGUAGGCAUACCAGACAAUCGAUUUGAGCACAUACCAUAUUCUGCGCUGACGCAAUCAUCUGUUCCCGGUCGGCCAUGACUAACGCAGCCAACUAUGGAUCGUGCCUACGAGACGUCGCCCAAGUCCUAGGGGCCCCACAAACAUACUAUCCCGAGCCAAUGCCAGAAGCAUGGAAGAGGACAGACGCCAAAGCUCUCCUGCGGUCGGCCAGAGCAUUGCUCGGUCUCGACCGGCUAGAUGAAGCGUUCGACGCGUUGCUGCGAUUGCAGGUGCUCGAGGAGCGGCUAGGAGAAGCCCAGCUCGAUUCGGGCAAGAAAUGGCGCGAACAGGUACAGACCAAGAUCCAACAGAGGGAGCGACUCGAGCUCGGAAAGAAGGAGAAGGAGAGAAGGCGGAAAGAAGAGGAGCAGGCCUUGGUGCUGGCCAUGACUGUGAGUGGCGUUGUGGCGGCCCGCGCGCGACAUGACUGCUAAAUUAUUCUCACAAUCCCCUAUGUGUGUACUAUGAUUCCCUUCCCCCCACAGUUGCGGGGUGUCGCCCUCCCCAAGAUCACUGCUUCUAAGCCUCUGUUUUCCGAGUGCCCGAGCGACGUUAGACCUCCUCAUUUCGAUCCGAAAUCUCUGCCGUCGAGCUCGUCCCCGUCGAUCCCGCUUCUCCCGCCCAAAGCGGAUUCUGAAGCCUCGUCGGCUGCGGCGAUCCGGUGGACCGCUCCACCCCCCGAGACCAGCCUCAUUUUCCCCAUCUUCUUGAUGAUGCCUCUGAAUAACCCACCGACGCGCGACCUGUGCCUGGAGUUCCACACCGCGGCGACAUUCGGCGAUUUACUCGCCUCGAUGGACCAAGACCCUACAACGAUAGCAAUGUACAUCGCGACCAAAGAAGGCCGAGUGCUCAAGGUCGGCAACAAAUUGACCUUGGGCAAGGUUCUCGUGGCCGCAGCUGGGGAAGCAGCCGAUGAUGGGUGGGAGUUGAAGGAAGGGUGGGCGCUCGAACUGGUGGCCGUACCCAAGGGACCCCGUGGCGAAGAAUGGGUCGCGAAGUGGAAGCAAGAAGUCAAAGCCGGCGUAAAGCCAUUGAUGUAG